GCUUUUCGGUCACAUCGCGCUUCUAUUGUAUUCUAUAAAAAUUGUUUGCCAUUCACAUCAAUCCCUUACAUGCACUGCCAAACCAUUUCAAGAACAUUGCUGUCAUACUUUUCAAAUGAGAUACAUUUUAAUAAAUUUCAUGUGACAAGCCAAUAUUUGCUGAAUUAUUAUCUUGAAGUGUAGUUUAGUGUAAGAACUGAGCAUCGAAGUGGUAUCAACAUUUAAACUGCAUUAAUAUAGAAAUUGUGCUAUAAUUGGUGUGGAUAACUAAUAAAUAAGCAUUUCAAACGCACCAAUUAGCAUGCAAUAUUGAUUUAAUCGCAACCAAAAGAAAACUCGUCUACGCCUCUCUCUCUCGCAAGAGCCAGUUGAACGAUUUUUCUGGUGAAAUAAACUUAUAUUACUUUACUGAUAAAGCAACGAGUAACAGAAAGCAUGGCGGAACGGGAGCGCAGCAUACAUGAAAUGCUUAAAGACACACCAUCCAUGAACGAUAGCUGCGGUGCUGUCCACACGGGCACAGAAGGCGGCAGUCUAGGGAUGGGAAUGGGAAUCGGAAUAGGGAUGGGAGUAAGCGGCAGCAGCAGCAAUCAUAGUAUUGGAACAGGCAACCCAUUGAGCAUGUCCACUAGCUUACCAUUACGAAAUCAUUCAGCACCCACCACGCCGAUGUCCACAGCAAGUCCACAUACAAACAAUGGUUUUCUAACCUCAGCAGACGGUAGCAGCAGCCUCAUAAGAACAAGCGCCUCGAAAAUUGAUAGCCUCAAGAAUUGGAGCAUAUCAACGUAUAAAUGCACACGGCAAAUAAUGCUCGAAAAGCUAGGCAAAUCGCAACGCACUGUCGACUCGGAACUAGAGGCACAGAUCGAACAGUUGCGUGAAACCCAACGCAAAUAUUUGUCCAUUUUACGAUUGACGCAUGCGUUCAGCUCACAUUUUCAACAUGUAGUCGCCUCACAGCAAUCGCUAGCUGAUGCCUUCGCUGAUUUGGCACAGAAGAAUCCCGAGCUACAAAAGGAGUUCAUUUGCAACUCGGAAACGCAACGAAAUUUAACUAAAAAUGGUGAACUGCUGUUAAAUGCAUUAAACUUUUUCAUUUCGUCAGUAAAUACACUGUGCAACAAGACUAUAGACGACACCCUGCUAACGAUACGACAAUACGAGACAGCUAGAAUUGAAUUCGAUGCCUAUCGCAUGGACUUGGAGAACACCAAGCCUGAAUUAACACAGGCAGCAACUUCGCUGGAGGAAACUCAGCGCAGCUUUGCACAUCAUAAGGAUCAAUACGAAAAACUGCGCGGUGAUGUUGCCGUUAAAAUGCAAUUUCUUGAUGAGAAUCGCAUCAAAGUAAUGCAUAAACAACUCAUACUGCUGCACAAUGCUAUUGCGGCCUACUUUUCGGGCAAUGCUAUGGCACUGGAGAGCACAUUAAAGCAGUUCAACAUAAAGCUUAAAUCACCAAAUAACAUCACAGGCUCAUGGCUAGAACAGUAGCCAGUGGAAUGCCAGUACGUCGAGCAAAAGUAUUAACUCUGUACCACAUACAACACACAUUUUUACACCUCUGUAUAUGCCGGUCGAAGUAUAUCAGUAAGGAUUACAUGCUCUCGCUCUCUCCCUGUUAAAGCUACAUGACUCUUAACAAUAUCUAAAAGCUAACAUCUAAGUCGAAUUCCUAAUUCAUAAGCAGAAAGUGAAACGCGAGACAGUUUAUUUUGUAAUGAUUUACUUUAUUUCCAUAUAACUAUAUAACCAUUUCCACACACAACUCGUACUUAAACUUAGUUCCU